AUGCUGUCUGGGAGUGGGUGGCAAGUGGCUGUGCUGUGUCUGUCUGCUGUGGUGUGCAUGUCCUCCUGUCUGCGUCUCUACCAGAAUGGAUAUGAGGGCUUGCUGGUGGCUAUCAAUCCACAAGUGCCGGAGGACCCUGAUCUCAUCCAGAGCAUCAAGAGCAUGUUCAGAGAAGCAUCCCCUUUCCUUUACAAAGCCACCAGACAUAGAGCUUUCUUCAAGGAGGUCCGGAUUUUGGUCCCAGUCACUUGGAGAGAGAAUCACACUCUGUACCUCAGACCAACAGCAGAAGACACCUAUAGAAAGGCACAGAUUGUGGUAUCAGACCCAUUCUGUCAGAACCUGGCUCAGAGUCCCUACACUGUCUCCAAUGGGCUCUGUGGCCUGCCUGGCCGUUACAUCCACCUCACCCCUCGCUAUCUGCUGGAUCAACAGGUCACGGACAAGUAUGGACCCAAGGGUCGUGUGCUGGUCCAUAGCUGGGCAACUCUGCGCUGGGGAGUGUUCAGUGAAUUUGACACCGACACCCCUUUCUACAGGUCCAGCUUGGGGAAUAUUGAGGCCACCAGGUGCUCCAAAUUUGUUGAAGGCUCCUCAUUUGACAAAAACAGUGGGAGAGAGUGUCAGAUCAACCCUGAUACAGGACUGCCCAAUGCAGACUGUGUAUUUCGACUGAGAGAGACGCUCAACACCACUGCCUCUCUCAUGUAUCAACACUUCAUUCCUGAGAUCAGUGAGUUCUGUGAUGACUCCAGCCAUAAUUUUGAGGCUCCCAACGCCCAGAACAGGCUAUGUAAUUACCGCAGUGUGUGGGAUGUCAUCAUGCAGUCCCCAGACUUCAGUCAGGGUGCCAACCCCCCCUUGUCCACCCAGCCUGCAGCACCCUCCUUCACCCUGCUCAGGGCCCGGCACCGGGUGGUCUGUCUGGUGAUGGAUGUCUCUGGGAGUAUGGGCUUGUUUGACAGGAUAAACAGACAAAGGCAGGCUGCAGAGGUGUUUGUGGUGCAGACAGUAGAGGAGGACUCCAAGGUCGGCCUGGUGUCCUUCAACAGUGCAGCCACCAUUCUAGCCAGCUUAACGGAAGUGACCGGCCCACUGUCACGGGAACAGCUGGCACAAAGACUGCCCUCAACUGCUGGUGGGGGCACCAACAUCUGUACGGGCUUGAGGAAGGGCUUUGAGGUCCUGAGGCAGGAUGAUGGUGAGACAGCAGGAGAUGAGAUCAUCCUCCUGACGGAUGGGGAGGAUUCUUCAGCAAGUCAGUGCCUGGGCGAGGUUAGAGCCUCUGGAGCCAUCGUCCAUACUAUUGCCCUGGGGCCCAGCGCUGACCCUGCUCUAGAGCAAUUUGCGAACAUCACAGGUGGUCGUUGGUUCUUUGCCUCUGACAGUGUUGAUUCUAAUGGGCUGAUAGAAGUCUUCAGUGAUGUCACAUCAGGGUCAGGUGAUGAUACUAGAACACCUAUACAGCUGCUGAAUGCUGCCGAUCAGGUGGCUGGUGGUCACGUUUUCAGGGGCACGGUGAGUCUGGACGCCAGUGUGGGUAACAACACCGUCUUUGCCUACACCUGGAAGACAGCAGAGCCUCAGUUCUCCUUGUGGGACCCCUUCUCCCGCACCUACAAUGGGACCGUGACAAGAGACCCUUCCCUGCGCCUCACUCGCCUCAGCAUACCUGGCGUGGCCCAGCACGGUACCUGGUUAUUCGCUCUUCUCAACACUGAUACAUCUCCCCAGACUCUGACACUGACUGUGUCCUCUUACGCAGUCCAUGAGUGUGUUCCCCCAGUCAGGGUCACCCCCACCCUGGACACUACCAGCGUCAUCUACCCUAAGCCACUCACCAUCACGGCUACCGUCUCCCAGGGCGAUCGUCCCGUUCUCGGGGCUGUGGUCUUCGCCAUCCUGGAGGACAGUACUGGGGUGACAGUUAGGCUAAGGCUCCUUGACGAUGGCGUAGGAGUGGAUGUGACAAGAGAUGAUGGCGUGUACUCUGCCUAUUUCUUCCGCUACUCAAAGAAUGGGCGAUACAGUGUGAAGGUGGAGGUGGAAGGAGUUGAGGACAGCGUUAGUGUGAAGACAGAUGUCACAGGAAACACCAUCCCUAUCCAGUCUUCUUACAUUGACAUUAAUGGAACAACUCACCCAGGUGCCCCCUCAGGUGGCGGGUUGAACAAAACCACUUCAGCUCUUGGCAAUUUCUCUCGUACUCUCAGCAGUGGGGCAAUCACUAUCAGUCAAGUGCCCCCUAAUCCUCAACAACAUUUCCCUCCAGGCCGUGUCACUGACCUUACUGCCUCAUUGACCAAUCAAAGUCAGGCAAAUGAAAGUGUGGUUCUGGAGUGGACCGCUCCAGGAGAGGACUACUAUGUAGGCACAGUCUCUUCUUAUGACAUUAGGUUCAGCUUAGUCCCCAUCUCUCUUCGUAAUAAUUUCUCUUCCACUGCACCCCUCAACUUCUCCCUGCCCUCCCCCCUUCCUGCGGGACAGAGAGAGUCAGUCCUGUUGUCCCUUGAAGAAGUGUUAUCUGGAGAAGGGACACAAUUGCUGUACUUUGCACUGAGGGCAUGGGACAAGGAGGGUUUAGAGUCAGAAACCUCUAACAUUGCUCAGGUCUCCAUAUUCAUCUACCACCCUCCACCACCAUCUUCUAGCUCUCCGCCACCAUCCCCCUCACCACCACCAUCUUCCAGCUCUCCGCCACCAUCCCCCUCACCACCACCAUCUUCCAGCUCUCCGCCACCAUCCCCCUCACCAUCACCAUCUUCCAGCUGUCCGCCGCCAUCCCCCUCCAACAAGCACCUGUCUCUAAUCCUCCCCCUCUCCAUCGUGUUGCCCAUUGUCUUCAUUUCUUUCUGCUUCAUUUUCGCAGCAGUGCUGUUUCGACGUCGUCGUCGUCGUAGAAAUAGUCAGCAUUCCUCUGGCCUGGCCUAUGCCAAUUCCAUGGUGAUGAGGCCUAAGUUCUGA